AUGCAUCCGUCAUUCAAUACCCUUCUACUCGGCGCAUUCUCAUUCUGUUCGUCAGUGUGCGCCGUCAAGUUUACGCCGCUGUCUGAGAAGCCCGGCCUUGUAGACAAUGGAACAUUUGGCCCCGCAUUGGAAGUGGUUCAUCUCUUCAACGGCGAACCCCCUAUCGGUAUCACUGUAAGCAAAUCAGGAAGAGCGUUUAUAACAUUUAAUCGCGGUGAUUUGUCUUCGAAUCCCAUCACAUUAGGGGAGAUAGUCAACGCGACGGCCGAAGUCCCCUUCCCAAGCGGCGACUUCAACAUUCCUCCCGGCGGACUCGUCAACACAUCCUCGGGACGUCCGUUGGGAUCUAGCGACUCAUUACACUUUAUCAACGUGCAAGCUGCAGUGAUAGACGCCAAAGAUCGAUUGUGGGCCUUGGAUAAUGGACGCCCAGUUGUUAAUAGUGAUAACCUGCCCGCUGCACCAGGUGGACCGAAACUGGUCGGGUUUGAUCUCAGUAACAACACAACUAAGCCGUUUCAGACAAUAACAUUCCCGGAGAGUGUGCUCCCCGCUACUGGAUACCUCAACGAUGUGCGGUUCGAUCUGAGGUCUAAUGUGACGACAUCAGGCAAGGGUGUUGCGUAUAUCGCUGAUAGUGGUGGGUCUCGCACCUUUAUAGUCCAUCUACUCAUGCUGAAAUUGACUACAGGUGGGUUCGGUAUCAUCGUUGUAGAUCUUGGGACAGGUAAAUCAUGGCGCCACCUUGAUCGUUUGUACGAGGUAUCGGCAAGAUCGCGGUUUCUACCAACACUACAGGGUAUCCCUACAUAUUCAUCUACACCAAUGAGUCCGAAUUUGAAGGUGACAAUAGCAUGCCCGAUUGUAGGUUUAGCUAUCAGCGCAGAUGGCGAGUUCAUCUACUUUACGCCUCUCUCAAGCCACGAUUUCUACCGAGUUGAAACCUCCGCCCUUCGCGUAAACCCAGCCGACGAUAACCUUGCUUUCAUCCGCGCAGCGAAUAGCGUCCAGUACCUCGGCCAAGUCGGUGGCCAAGCGGAUGGCCUCGAAAGCGACUCGACCGGGAAAGUAUACAUUUCAAGUCCGGAACACAAUUCUAUCAAUACUUAUGACCCACAAACGGGCCUUAUAUCACCGUUUGUACGUUCUCCGAUCAUUGCUUGGCCAGAUACCUUGAGUGUGGCCGAUGAUGGGUACAUUUAUGCGACCUUAAACCAGCUUUGGCUCAGCCCAGGGUUUCAGAAUGGGACAGAUAAGAGGGUGAAGCCGUUUGCUCUUGUCCGGGCCAAGAUUGAUGGUGGUCCUGUUAACUUAGUAUAG